AGCAAAUCAAGACACUACCACGUUACUCCGAACACGCAUCCGCCUCUCUCAAGUCUCCACUACUUUUUUUUUUUUUUUGGGUCAAAAUAAAAAAAAAAGAUACCUUCAAAUAUUCACAGAAUCUUUUUGCACGCAUGGUCGUUAGAUAACCAAAACUUUAUCGACACAGAAACAAGAGAAUAGUUUUACUACUUGAGUUUCUUGAGCUGCGGAACAAUUUUCAAUUUGAUCAAUUGAUCGGUGAAGGCGGCAAUCAUUUUUCAGGGAUAUUUUAUCAAUUCUUGAACUUAUAUUUUGAAUGCAAGAAUUCAAGCAUUGCUUGCGGAUUUUGCUUCUUACGAUUCUUUUUGAGAAGAUGGCAUAAUUCUUGUCAUGAUUUGGGUCCACUGUGGUUAAUUAGGUUGUCGAAUACUAAGAUCAUUAGGACUUUUAGAUUGCAUUUGUAUUCUAAAGGGUUCAUUCUUGGUGGAUAGAGCAGAUGAAUGUGGUGGUUAAAGUCGGGAGCCUUCUUACACAAGGGGUGUACUCUGUUGCUACCCCAUUUCAUCCAUUUGGUGGGGCUGUUGAUAUAAUUGCUGUGCAGCAGCAGGAUGGUAGCUUUAGGAGCACACCUUGGUAUGUUAGAUUUGGAAAAUUUCAGGGUGUUCUUAAGGGUGCAGAAAAAGUUGUUCGAAUAGAAGUUAAUGGGAUUGAAGCCAAUUUCCAUAUGUAUCUCGACAAUUCAGGAGAGGCGUAUUUCGUCAGGGAGGUUGUCUCUGCGGAAGAUGGUGAACUUAAUGGUGGUUUGCAUCCUGCUGAUAGUCAUGAAGGUGUCCAAGAGGAUAAUAACAUAGAUCAAACUAAUAGUGGCACUAGUACGAAAGAUGAUUCUCUUUGUUUAGAUGAAAGUUGCGAUUCCCAUACUGGUGAGUUUCAGUUGCGAGAUGAGCACGUUGCCCUUGGUGUAGAUAGGUUGCAGAGAACGGAAUCUGAUAGUGAAAGGCGAUUCUAUGAUUUUCCGGAUGUCCAAUCUUCGUUUGAGGGUUCAACUGAGUUAUCAGAGUAUGGUUCUGGCCGUUAUGAUAGUCUGGACAUGGAUCAUGUGAUGGAAUCACAGAAUUUGAGUUCAGAAGUUGUACUGGUGAGCGUGGAUGGUCACAUUCUUACAGCACCCAUCUCAUCAUCGGAGAGGAAUACUGAGGAUGUGGAACUAGACACGCCUCAGUUUCAUCUAGGCCCAGGUGAAGGGACCGAAGAGUUUAACAAUAGUGAAGGUGCAUGGGCUGCCAAUUAUUUGAGUAGCUUUGACGUAUCAACACUUAAAGCUAAUUCUGAAGAUGUUUGCAAGACGAAUAAUGAUGAUAAUAUUUCUGAGCCCCGGCUGGAAGGAAAUGAAGGAUAUGGGAGCCAUCUGAAUCAAGUUGAAGAAAAUCAUGAAACAGAGAAACAGGUACUGGAUCUUCACUAUGAUAGUAGCUUGGAGAGUACAUCUGCCAGCAUGAAGGAGGAGGAUGUCUUCGGAAGCUGUUUGGAGAUACCAGCCCUGGCCAUGCAGGUUGGAAAUUCCAGCAGUCAUGAUGCCAAUUCUCCAUUGGAGGUUCUUGAAGUUGCCAAAGAUUCGCAAGAUAAAUCUCCUCAAAGAUCACUAUCAAUUACUGGAAGUGAAGGUGUGCAACUUGUCAUAUCAAGAGCUGAGGAUGAACUUUCUCCUUCGAUAUCUAAUACUUCCGGCAGUGUUUCUUCACCAGACUUGCAGGUCCCAGCUGAAACAAUUGAGAGAAAUACAUUUGAUACAGAUAUAAGUGGUUCUGCUAGCAUGGUGGAUGAUUUCAUUCAUACUAAUGGAGAACUCGAGAAAGAAGUCAAUGUGUUAUCCAGGCCACAAGCAUCCAUUUCUGAAGGAGAAAUUACAAUAAGUGACAAUGUGGAAACUGAGAAAUCUGCUUAUUGCAAAGAUAUUGAAAAUGAUACAGGAACAAGCUUAGAGUUAUCUCUUUGCAGACACCUACUUCAAUCUGGCAUGGGUCUGAAUGCAGCUGCACAAGCCUUUGAUGCACACCGCAUAUCUGAAGAGGAAUUUAAAGUUUCUGCAGCAUCGAUUAUUAAUAAUGAAAACUUAGUUGUCAGAAUUCAGGGGAAGUACUUGCCAUGGGAUAAAGCUGCUCCUAUUGUUCUUGGUAUGGUUGCAUAUGGUUUGCAAUUAUCUAUUGAAUCAAGCGAUGCAAUUUCUUUGGAACAGGAUGACACUAGGAAAAGCAGGGAAGAUGCAUCUGGAAUCUCUUCGACUCCUUCUGGGCGUGGAUGGAGGCUUUGGCCAAAUCCAUUUAGAAGGGUUAGGAGAAUUGAGCAUGCUAAUAGUAAUUCAUCAAACGAAGAUGCAGUUGCCGAUUCUGAAUCUGGCUCGCAGAGUCAACCUGUAGAAGCAACCCGAACUGCUCCUGAUGGUAAGGAGUCUCCUCAGAAGCCACUUAUGAGAACAAACGUUCCUACAAGUGAUCAAAUUGCAUCUUUGAACCUAAAAGAGGGACAGAAUAUGGUGACAUUCACAUCCUUUUCAAGGGUCCUAGGACCUCAGAAGGUUGAAGCUCAUAUAUACUUGUGGAAGUGGAAUGCACGGAUUGUAAUUUCAGAUGUUGAUGGAACAAUCACCAAGUCCGAUGUUCUUGGUCAGUUCAUGCCCUUGGUUGGUAAGGACUGGACACAUUCUGGAAUAGCUCGACUUUUCUCAGCAAUUAAGGAGAAUGGGUACCAGCUUCUGUUCUUGAGUGCACGUGCAAUCGUUCAAGCAUAUAUUACCAAGAGUUUUCUAUUUAAUUUAAAGCAGGAUGGGAAUACCUUGCCAGAUGGACCUGUUGUCAUAUCGCCUGAUGGUUUAUUCCCUUCACUAUACCGAGAAGUGAUAAGAAGAGCUCCUCAUGAAUUUAAGAUUGCGUGUUUAGAGGAUAUUAAAGCGCUUUUCCCUCCUGAUUACAAUCCCUUCUAUGCGGGUUUUGGGAACAGAGACACCGAUGAGCUCAGUUACAGAAAGAUUGGCAUCCCAAAGGGCAAAAUAUUCAUCAUCAACCCUAAGGGUGAGGUAGCCAUUAAUCAUCGCAUUGAUGUGAAGUCGUACACUUCACUACACACGCUGGUACAUGAUAUGUUCCCGCCUACAUCGUUGCUCGAGCAGGAAGAUUACAACUCGUGGAAUUAUUGGAAAAUGCCAUUGCCAGAGAUUGAUGGCUACUAGAAGAAGAAGUUUGCUUCUCACCCUCACUGACAAAUUUUUCCUUCUUGGAAUCAAUAAAGUGCGGCAAACCGUCGUCUGUUAACGACAGGCUCGUAGCUGAUUUCUAUGAAAGAAGAAGAAAUGGGGCGGCAGGACUACUCAGUCGUAUACGAUCCUCAAAUUAAUGUUGAUUUUUAUGUAAAAAAAAAAAAAAAAAAAAUCCACUUUGUAAGCAUGAGCGGGGUUAAUAUUGUACUGCCAUUUGGCUCAUUCAUUUCUCAUUAUCUUUAUCAAUCUAAUAAAGUGUCGUACCAGCAAUUGUGGCCCCC